GACUCUGAAGUUGAUCAUGAUCUUUUGAAUCCUAAGCCUGUUUCAGAUGAGAAAAAUAUCUGGUUCUUUUGGCACAGCGGGUUCGACAAAAUGCACAAUUACACUCGGCGAACUGUUCGAAAUUGGCACAGGAGGUUCUCAAAGAAGGGUUGGGCGGUCCGCGUUCUUGACCUUGUGGCCGAAUCGCCUUUGAAUGUGAAAAAUUACCUCGACACUCACGAUUCGGACUGGUUUCCUAAAGCUUUUGCUGAAGGCACGAUCGGAGGCCGUCACGCCUACCAGCACUAUUCGGAUCUCGUGAGAUUUCCCCUCUUGCUUAAAUACGGUGGUGUCUACGCGGACGUGGGAGUGAUUCAGAUCGGAGACUUGGACCAAGUUUGGAACGCCACGAUCGGAGAUCCGAACUCCCCGUACGAGAUCCUGACCUACAACAUGGGCGGCGUCGAAGAGCGCGGCAUGGCGAACUAUUUUUUGGCUUCUGGGCGAAACAACCCCUUCUUCCUGCGAUGCCAUAAGCUCUUGCUUGCACUGUGGGCCGCCGACGGGGGAAAGACCAACACGGAGGGUAUGCAUGCUAGUCCGUUACUCAAAGGGCUACCGUUGAUGGAUACGGGGCUCUCGAUGGAAGAGGACGGUAGGGUAUAUGGACGUGAGGAAACGGCCAAGAUGUUGACGGACUACAUUAUUCAAGGGCAGGUUAUCACCAUGGUCAUGGGAUUGAUCGAUGAAGAGGACGGGUGGAAUGGGCCGAAAUACGUGGCGAACCACGUCCAUGCAUACCAUUACAUGGUCGGAUCGCAGCUCAUCAACGAGAUCACGGCGUGGAACGGCCCCAAGCAGUUUGAGCUCAUGUCACUGCCCAUUCCUAAACAUGAAGAGGCAGAGAGCGACGAUCAAAGACUCGCACGCCGAAUCAUUGAAGAAGUACUCUCCAAGAGCUUUGGCAUGAAGCUUGCAACGGGCAUGAUUGUGAGGGUCAUGGGAGAAACACUGGGUUCUCUGUGGAGGAACAACGACGGUAGCGAUAAUGUUCCCGGGACGUACGCACACUGGCUGAGA